GUUGGUAAACAAAAUCAGAACUUCGCGGCUAUUAUAUUUUGCGCGAGUACCGGCUUUACUUUUUUGUCGUUUUGCGGUGAAAUUAAAGCUAUUUUUGUUACAAUUUACAUUCCCUGCUAUCGGAAAUCCUAAAUUUAUUUAAUUCGCAAGGAUGGCGGAUAUGUUCAGUAACAAUUUGGACAAAAUUUUCGAAAGCAUCACCAGCACAGUCAAACUUGCCAAGGAUUAUGGCACAGCAGAUCAAAAGAACAUCAAGAUUUACGGUGCACUUGCGGAAAAAUUAGUGACAAUCGAACAGAAAUUCAACGGUCACAAGAAAGCCUUGCAGGAGUCAUCGAAAGAAGUGACCCUCGAAGAAUUCGACCGGCGCUACCAAUCUAGUCUACCGACCAGCAAGAGCAACGUAAAGCAACUGAAGCGCUACAAGGAAUACAUCACACACACCGGUUCGAUCCUAGAUGUGGAUGGUCUACCGGGUUCGAGCGCCACCAACGACGAUGACGAGGAGAUGCAAAUGGAGGAUGCAGUCCAAGAGAUGGAUCCGAUUACGAAACUGCCGCUCGAGAUCCCGGUGCGCAACCGACUGUGCCAGCACGUUUACGAGAAAUCGGCCAUCGAAGGGCUAUUGAAGAAAAAUCCACGAACGCGCUGCCCAGCGAUGGGAUGCCCGUCGAAUGAAUACGUGACCUUGGCCGAUCUGCAGGAGGAUAAACAACUCCGGCAGAUAUUGAUGCAGCGGCGAGAGCGGGACUAUAUGUAAGGGUUGAACGAGUUUGAAUAAGGAUUUGUUUGCACAAUGUUUAAUCUUGGACUGUAUGUACAUAUUUGAAGCAUAUUCUGUUGAAAUAUUAAAGACAACUUGAAAAUAA